AUGGCAGAGAAGCUAGGCAUUGCUGGAGCCUUGCAGCGCCCUACUACUUCAAUCAUGUUUGGAGAUGCAACUUCUAAAUGGAAGAAGAGAAACUAUUGUUUCGCGCUCGGCCAAAGUCACAUCCGUCCGACUGAAGUCUCGGCCAAAGUUCGAAACCGACCGGCCGAUCACCAACGACCCGGGAAACAUUGUCCCGCGGUCGGCCAAGUCACAAUCCGUUUCACACCACGCCGCGCACGACCAUGCCGCGCGAGCCGGGGAACAAAGCCUCGCGGCCGCGCAACCACUCGCGUACCACGGCCGAUGCAUCCGUCCGAGCCGGGAAAGAACGUCCCACGUCCGGCCGAGAAACCUUCGGCCAAAUCUCAAUCCGCUCGACCACGCCGCCCGACCAUGAUAUCAUCCGACCGACCGUCCCAACGCCGCGGUCGACCCGAAGCCCGUUUUGAAGCCCGAUUUCAUAUUUUCAAGCCCGGCUUAACCCUAAGCCGCCUCAAAAGACCUAGCACUAUAUAUAUAGCUUUUUAG